UGCUGGGCGGACCGGGGCCCAUGGACACACACACACCCUUGCCCGCAGCCCCGCGCGCCUGCUCGCCUGCUCUGCCCGAAGGGACACCAUUCACCGCUGGCUGCCCAAGCCUGGCUCCGGGAGCCCGAGGUCGUGGCUGGGGCCGGUGCCAGGCAGCAGAGAACCAGAGCUGGGUCCACCGUACGCCCCUGCAGGCCGAGGCGCAACGGGGUCGCAGCGCAAAGGGGUCGGCCAUCCGCGGCUCCUGAUCACCCCCAGGACUGAGAGUAUUUGCUUUGGUCCACAAAAGCAUUUUCAAGAAGUUGGUCAAGUAUGGCUUUAGCAGAUAAGAGACUUGAGAACCUGCAAAUCUACAAAUGUCUUCAGUGUGUUCGGAACAAAGACAAGAAGCAGAUAGAGAAGCUGACCAGACUUGGUUACCCUGAACUAAUCAAUUUCACAGAUCCUAUUGAUGGACAGAGUGCUCUGCACUUAGCCUCGGUCUCCAAUGACACUGACAUGGUCAGCUUCCUCCUUAGCCUUGGUGCCCACCCUGAUGUGAAAGACCGAAUGGGCUGUACUCCGGCAAUGAGGGCUGCAGAACUGGGCCAUGAGAUGUCCUUGGAAAUAUUAGCCAAGGCAAAGGCGGAUAUGACUCUAGUUGAUAACGAAGGAAAAGGUAUUUUGUUUUACUGCAUUUUACCUACUAAGAGGCAUUAUCGCUGUGCAUUGAUUGCCCUGGAUCAUGGCGCAGACGUCAACAAUUGUAGCUAUGAUGGAAAACCGGUGUUCCUUAGAGCUUGCGAAGCAGCACAUGAUAUUAAAGAAAUGUGCCUGACACUUUUGGAAAAAGGAGCCAAUCCAAAUGCUAUCAACACAGGCACAGGUCGCACGGCUUUAAUGGAAUCGGCAAGAGAAGGAGUGGUAGAACUGGUUCGAGGGAUAUUGGAAAGAGGAGGUGAAGUGAAUGCAUUUGAUAACGAGAGACAUCAGGCUGCACAUUUUGCUGCCAAAGGAGGCUUUUUUGAUAUAUUGAAGCUUCUUUAUGCCUACAAUGGAGAUAUGGGACUGAUUGGAAUGAAUGGGAACACACCACUUCAUUAUGCUGCCAUGGGUGGUUUUGCAGAUUGCUGUAAAUAUAUAGCUCAGCGAGGAUGUGACCUGAAAUGGAAGAAUUUAGAACAUAAAACAGCCAGGACUGUGGCAAAGGAAAGCGGCUUCAAAGCAGCAAGCAAAGAAAUACGGCGGGCAGAGAGAACGGCUAAUAAACUGGCCAAGCCAGGAGUCAAAAAUCCGAAUCCACUCUGGGCCCUUCGGCUUCAUGACUGGUCAGUAGAAUGUGAGGCUAUACUUCGGGAAGCCUUUUCGUUUGUGGACAAGGGCGAUGGGACAGUCAGCAAGGAAGAUUUUGUGUUAGUGCUGGAGGAGAGGCAGGACUUCAUACCCUCGGAUCAGCUGAACCUCAUCGCUCAACUUAGUGAAAAAGUCCGGGGAGCAGGGGUCAACAUUAAUGAUUUUUUUAAGGGAACCCGAUAUUUAAGCAAGACUUAUGUCUUGGGAUCCUAUGGGCCUAAGAAAAAGAAAAAGGGAAUAGCCAAAAAGGGGAAGAAAGGCAAGUUCAUUUUACCCCUCCCGGUCUGCGUCAUCCCUGACAAUGCAUUUCCACGCCGGAGUGAUGGUGGGCCACCAUAUUACAUGAUUGAAACCUACAAGAAUGUCACGGAUUGCAAUCGGUUUAAUCGGGAUCAUCCGCCAGAACAUCCCAUUCAGGACGACUCUGCUUGGUACAUUGAUGAUUCAGGGAACAUAUUUUCAAAUAUUAACUUUCUCACUAAGGCAGGAGACCUAGCUUCUCUGAAAAAGGCGUUUGAAUCAGGCAUACCGGUGGAUAUGAAGGAUAAUUAUUACAAAACACCGCUAAUGACUGCUUGUGCAAGUGGAAACAUGGAAGUGGUCAAGUUUCUUCUUGAAAAAGGGGCUAAUGUUAAUGCCACAGAUAAUUUUCUGUGGACUCCACUUCACUUUGCAUGCCAUGCAGGCCAACAAGACAUUGUUGAACUUCUCAUUCAAUCUGGAGCCGUGAUAGAUGCACUUUCAAUCAACAACUCAACUCCUUUAUUUCGAGCCAUUGAGAGCUGUAGAUUGGAUACUGUCAAAUACCUACUUGAUAUUGGUGCCAAAUUCCAGCUGGAAAAUAGAAAAGGGCACACUCCCAUGGAUGUUGCAAAGGCAUAUGCUGACUCUAGAAUAAUUGGUUUGAUUAAAGAAAAGCUAGAUAACUUGCCAAAACCAACAGAAAGCCAAAAAAUUUUGAAACCCAAGCCAUCUAUUAAAGUGAAAACUGAAGUUUCUGAAAUUAAGAAAGAAGAGGAACCACUUUCAUCAAUUUAUACUGUACCAACCAUAUUGGAGGAAAAGAAAAUGCGUAAGGAUAAUGUGGUUCAGCUCAAUUCAUUGAUUACCAGUGGUUAUACCAAGAAAGUCAAUAUCACAUUUACACCACGGAGGACCUGGAGUCCCGAAGCCACAACAGCAGAGCUGAUCAGGAAGAGGGAGCUGCAGAGGGAGAGGUUCACUUAUGAGGUGGACUUUGAAGACUUCAUGAUGCCCUUUCAGAAGAACAUUACAGAGAAAGCUCGCGCAUUGGAAGCUGUUUUCAAGAACUAAAUCACAGAGGUUUCGUCUUGGGUUAAACAUUUCAAGGCCCAGGGACCAAACUUUGGAGAAGGUAGAUAUUUCCAUCAAAACAAUCCACAAAUUAAGUAUUUGUAACCAAACAUUUGUUUUUGCUUUAACAACUAUAAAUAUUCUGAGCUGUCUAGAGAAGGUGUGUUUUAUUUUGCAAUGAAUUGCAUGUCAUUCUGGACAAAUCCCCCAAUCUUCUUUAAGAUUGUAGUGGAAUAAAUGGCAUUUUAGUUAUAAAUAUAACAUUAUUGUCAAAAAAACUUACCAGAUGUCCACCAUUAUGUUUGCUAAAGAUAUAAUUCUGGGAAUUGAUUAAAACAGUUUAAUAUUGGGGAAGGGGAGUUUUUAGUCUUUAAGGAAAGUGUUUGUUUCUCAUGCAUCAUCGUAAGUGAUGUGUAUGAGGUGACUAAACUUUGACACCUGUGGCAGACCCUGUCAGCGCUUCACCCAUUUCUCCUCUGCGGUGGGGUUCUAGCAUUCUUAGGCCUGACUGCAGAUGCUGGAAGGCUGCCUCUGACACUUAAACAUGUACAGUAGGGACCAAAGUAUGUGGGCAUGAGAGUCUCCUGGAAGCAGCCCCCAAUUAGUGACUGAACAGAUUCAGUGUAUGUUACCGUCUGGUGGGAGCCUUCUAAAGUGCAUAUUCUCACUGAUUCCUAGAGCUCCCAGCAAGACUAAGAUCAAGAUGCCCACAGUGGAGAUUUGUGUGAUAGCACACCCCUCCUUGGAGCCCUUCUCUUCCCUGUCUUCUCACUUUCCUUUCACCCCUCUGGUCUUUAUUGAGAUCACCUCCCAAAUACUUACACCUCAAUUCUUGUUUCAAGGUUCUUUCUGUAAGGACCCAAACUAAGACAACAUCUAUGGUAUUCCGAUUCUGAGGCCCCUAGCAAAUAUCUUAAAGUGCACUCUCUUACCUUUUGCCUGCAACAAAAUAAGCAUUUCCCCAACUUAGAGGAUUUGUCCCCAAGGUCUUAAGCAUUUGAGAAGUAGUGCAAAUUGUAUUCAUACACUACUUCAUACUUCAUACUCAUACUUUAGACAGAAUUUCCAGAUGUCAUAAAAAUAUAUAUGAUAGAGAAUGACUAGAUAUUAUAUGUGACUUUUCCUUAAGGCAAGUAUGUGUGGGGCAAGAGAUAAGGGUGAACUUAAGAGACCCACCAUAAAACCUUAAAAGUGUCUUUUGGGCCUGGGGCCUGAU